CAGAGGGGCAGUGGGGGAAACCGAGGCUAGGAUAACGUAGUAGUCCCCGUGGUGUGAGUACGGCGCGGGGAGGACACGGCUCGGCCAGUCACGGCCGUGAUGGCAAGACUGACAGCCGGGAGGGAGAAUCAGCCAAGGCUGGUGUCGCUCAGCGUCGGGCACUCUCGCCCAGCGUGUUCCCUGUCCCGCGCUGCGAAGCGUUUUAAACAACUAGGAAGCACAGGUGUCUCCAAGCAAAGCAUCCGAGAACGAAUUUGGGACUAUAUGGAAUCCCAUGACUUAGCUGACUUUCCCCGACCCGUUCAUCACAGGAUUCCCAACUUUAAGGGCUCUUACCUGGCUUGCCAGAGCAUCAGAGACCUGGAUGUCUUUGCUGGGACACAGGAAAUAAAAGUGGAUCCUGAUAAGCCCCUGGAAGGUGUCCGGUUCCUGGCGCUGCAGAGCAGAAAGACACUGCUGGUCCCAACACCGAGACUGAGGACGGGACUGUUCAACAAGAUCACGCCACCCCCUGGAGCCACCAAAGACAUACUGAGGAAAUGUGCCACCUCCCAGGGCGUCCGGAACUUCAGCGUCCCUGUGGGCUUGGAUGCCAGCGUCCUUGUGGAUUUAGUUGUAGUGGGAUCUGUGGCUGUGUCUGAGAAAGGCUGGCGGAUUGGGAAGGGAGAAGGCUAUGCUGAUCUCGAAUACGCCAUGAUGGUGUCAAUGGGAGCUGUACACAAGGGGACACCAGUGGUCACUAUUGUCCAUGACUGCCAGGUCGUUGACAUCCCUGAGUCUCUUCUGGAGGACCAUGACCUCACUGUUGACUACAUCAUCACCCCCACCAGGGUCCUUGCUACAGGCUGUACGCGCCCAAAGCCAACAGGGAUCAUGUGGGCCAAGGUCAGCUGUGAGCUGCUUACGAAAAUCCCAGUGCUCAGGAGCCUCCGUGAGCGAGAGAGGCGGGCUGGGAAGGAUGUCACUCUUCAAGCUGAGCCUGGCAGCCGGCGCCCAGCUCCAAGCUCUGUCAAGAGGCCCCAGGAUCUACCACAGCCACAAGCAGGUUCCCAGGGAGGGUCCCCUCGCUCCCUGCAGGGGUUAGACCCACAACUAGCCGCCACUGUGUACGUGGGAAACCUGCCCUACAAUGCUCGUGUGCGUGAGCUGAAGAGAGCCCUCCAGGAGCUGGGGGCAGCGCCCCUGAGGCUUACCUGGCAGGGGCCACAGCAUAGGGCCAUUCUACACUACGCAGACUCGGCUGCUGCCCAGCAGGCUGUCACUCUCCUGCAGGGCCUACAUCUGGGUGCCAAUGUCUUGACGGUGGCACAACAGAGGAAUACAUGACCUGGUUAGUAGCCCCUAGUAGAACCGUCAUGUCCAUUCUGUUGUUUAGACGUCUCUGGCAUGUGACAGUUUGCCAUUGAUGACCUGCUGCUGUGUGAGGCCUCGGCUCUGUUCUUCUUAGGAAGAGGCUGCACUUUUAGUGAGCAGGGAUGGUAGCAAGCAACAUUCACGACACUCAGGAUGCUGCAAGCUCUGACCCAUUCCAGUUCUGGUUCUCGUGAAGUCCAUGUGGUGCUCUGUGGGUGCAGAAGGUUUAGGGACAGAGCAGCAGGGACAAGGGGUAGAGAACAGAGACCCGAUUUGAGGAUGCGGGAAACAGUGAACAGAGGCCUGCGGAGAAGAGGCCCUGGCAGGCUCAGGGGAUCAAGAGAGGGUGGCAGAGCCUUGUGACCGUUGGAGACCCCCAGCCCAGCAGAACUGGAGUGGGGAGGGGAUUCCUCGGGCAGAGAACACAGACUUGAGUUCUGUUCCUGGAACCCUGUGUUGUGCAAGUGCGUGAUCAUGUCUACCCAGGCUGCACGGUUAUAACUCAACAGGCUUAGGGCCUCGCCAUCCUUCAGGUGAGGAUGAGAGGAGGGUGGGGCUGUCGCUGCUUUUCCCAGAAGCACUCCUCCAUUCAUCCUAGGGGAAAGUCAAAAUAAGCAUUUAGGUGGAGAGUUUAUUCUGUGCAAAUACGCAUGCCUGAGAAGUUUCUUAUUUUUACCAGUGGAUCUUCCCCACUGUCUGUUAGCAUUGUCCUUUGCUCCAGAAGGGCAGGCCUUGCUCAGAUAUUAAAGAAAAAAAAUUUGUGACA